AGCUAUUUUGGUUUUACAUUCAGAGACGUGACCGUGCCCGCGACCUGAAAAUCAGAGGAUGGGUGCCAACCAGUCUACCGUGAAGGUCAAGGAGGGCGAGACCGCCAUCACCUAUACCUACACGGAUGAGGCGCCGAUGCUCGCCACCCAUGCCUUCUAUCCCAUCAUCCAGGCCUUUUGCUCGCAAGCGAAGAUCCCUGUGCAGCUGCGGGACAUCUCGGUGGCGGGGCGUUUGCUCUCGCACUUCCCCGACUACUUAACCGACGAACAGAAGAAGCAACCGCUCACUGAGGGGCUGCCCGGGCAAGAGACCGAUCAGCUAGCGGCCUUGGGCGAGAUGGCCAAGGGCGGAAAGGCGAACAUCAUCAAGCUCCCCAAUGUGAGUGCCUCCCUUCCACAGCUCAAGGAGUGCAUUGCUGAAUUGCAGCAGAAAGGCUUCAAGAUCCCAAGCUACCCCGAAGAGCCCAAAGACGACGCCGAGAAGGAGAUCAAGGCGCGCUACGCCAAAGUCACGGGCAGUGCGGUGAACCCGGUGCUCCGCGAGGGGAACUCCGACCGCCGGGCCGCGGUGCCGGUGAAGGAGUAUGCCUUCAAGUAUCCUCACUCCAUGGGCAAGUGGGCUCCGGACUCUAAGACUCACGUCAGCUCCAUGGAGGAUGGUGACUUCUUCUCCCAUGAGAAAUCAGUGGUGAUCCCUGAGAAGUGCGAAGCUCGCAUCGAAAUGCUGUCGGAGGAUGGCAAGGUCACCGUGCUCAAGGACAAGCUGCCGCUGCAAAAGGAUGAGGUCCUGGACGCCUCCUUCAUCAACUGCAAGAUUCUCCGUCGCUUCUUUGAGGAGCAGAUCGCCGAUGCCAAGGAGCGUGGCGUUCUCUUCUCGGUGCACUUGAAGGCCACCAUGAUGAAGGUGUCAGACCCCAUCAUGUUCGGCCACUGCGUGAAGGCGUACUUCAAGGACGUCUUCGAGAAGCAUGCUGACACCUUUGAGAAGCUCGGGGUGAACGCCAACAACGGUCUUGGUGACCUGUACAAGAAGAUCGCCACCCUCCCAGCCGCCGAGAAGGAGGCAAUUGAGGCUGACAUCAAGGCAACUUACGAUAAGCAACCACGUAUGGCCAUGGUCGACUCGCACAAGGGCAUCACCAACCUCCACGUGCCCAGUGACAUCAUCAUCGACAACUCCAUGCCCACAGCCAUCCGUGCGGGUGGCAAGAUGUGGGAUGCGGAUGACACCGAGCAGGAUUUCAAGGCCACCAUCCCAGACCGUUCGUAUGCGGGUGUGUUCAGCGAAUGUAUCGAGUUCUGCAAGAAGAACGGUGCCUUUGAUCCAAAGACCAUGGGCGCUUGCCCCAACGUUGGUCUCAUGGCGCAGAAGGCGGAGGAGUAUGGUUCCCAUCCCACCACCUUCGAGAUGAAGGAAGAUGGCACCAUUCGCAUCGUGGAGAUUGGAAGCGGCAAGGUCUUGCUGGGUCAUCGGGUGCAGAAGGGUGACAUUUGGCGCUCUUGCCAGACGAAGGAUUUGCCCAUCAAGGACUGGGUGAAGUUGGCCGUGCACAGGUGCAGGGAGAACAACUUCCCCAAGAACGACAAGCCUUGCAAGGCCAUCUUUUGGUUGGACCCUGCUCGCUCUCACGACUGCAACAUCAUCGCGAAGGUGUUGAAGUACCUUCCGGAGUACGACACCAAAGGCCUGGACAUUGAGAUCAUGAGCCCUGCAGAGGCCAUGCGGGUGACCUGCGAACGUGCCAAGCAGGGCUUGAACACCAUCACGGUCACAGGCAACGUGCUGCGCGACUACUUGACUGACCUCUUCCCCAUUUUGGAGCUGGGCACCAGUGCAAAGAUGCUCUCGAUUGUGCCCAUGCUCAGUGGCGGUGGCAUGUACGAGACUGGCGCAGGCGGCUCUGCCCCGAAGCACGUGCAGCAGUUCACCAAGGAAGGCCACCUCCGCUGGGACUCGUUAGGCGAGUACUUGGCUUUGAGCUGCUCGAUCCAGGACCUGGCGCGGGACAGUAACAACUCAGCGGCCGCCGUGCUGGCGGAGACCCUGGACAAGGCGGUAGGCACCUUCCUGAGUGCCAACAAGAACCCCUCCAGGAAGGUCAAGGAGAUCGACAAUCGUGGCAGCCACUAUUGGGUGGCGCGCUACUGGGCAGCCGAGUUGGCCAAGCAGGACAAGGAUGCGAAGCUCAAACAGACCUUUGAGAAGUUCUCCAAGGAACUCGAAGAGUCCGAGGCGACCAUUUUGAAGGACUUCGUGGAUUGCCAGGGAUCGCCGGUGGAGAUCGGCGGUUACUACCGGGUGGAUGUCGAGAAGACCAACAAGGCCAUGAACCCCAGCGCGUGCUUCAACGACAUCAUCGCGCGAUUGGGCCAGUGAUCAUCUCGGUGACGAGACACCGAUCUUCCAAACCAAAUUCGGAGGUUCGCACAGUCCGACGGGGCCUUUUGGGUCCGGUUUUUGCCAUUUUGAUGUGCGCUCGCAAGGGUUUUGACGACAUCGAUCUGGAAGGAAGACCCCAAGUACAAGAGCCUGAGGCAGGCCUCACACCAUAUGACUCAUGACAGUUCUUGCGAGAGGAUUCGCAGUCCAGCACAGUUUCCGCGCCCCCGACACUUUUGGCUGGACGACUGUAGUACGUCCAACGCUUUGGCAAUUGUGCCGGAGAUUGCUGGCUAUUGGACCUUUCUUCAGAAGGUCCAAGUUGUUUCAAGACGCAGGGUUGCUCCGUUCUGUUUGUCUUUCAAUGUAGCGCCC